UAAAAACAGAGCACCUGGGCCAGCCGUCGCUGUUCUUUUGUUAGACGGCUGUCUGAGGACGGGUUUGAGGUUCAGCUAACUAUUUGAGUGAUUGCAGUAAAAAUGUCUUCAGUUCAGCCUGGGAGAGAGUUUAUCAACGAGCAGGUAACUCCUGCUGGAGAAUCAUUCACAGAGUUGAAGGAAAUAAAGGUCAAGAUCGAGGAAAAGAUGGAGGAUCAGCUCGGACUGAUGGAUUUCAGGUGGACAUCCCGGGUCGUCUCGGACGGAAAAGAUCUGUGUAAAGACGAGGAGGUUCUCAAUGAGACCCGGAACCAGGAGGAAAACUCCACUUUAGAUCAAAAGGAACCAGAACCUCUGCAGAUAAAACAGGAACCAGAGGAACCAGAACCUCUGCAGAUGAAAAGGGAAGAAGAGGAACCACAACUUCAACAGUUCAAAGAGGAAGCGAAGCAACUCUACAUCAGUCAUAAUGAAGAGCAUCUUGUGCUGAAACGGGAGACUGAUGACAUGUUGGCGAUUCCUUCGAAAGUGAAAAGAAUCCACAAUGAAAUAAAACAACAGAGGGACCAACUCGUCUCUCACGGCUCUGCUGAAGAUGAGAACCAGGAUCAGGAAGGAAGCAAUUCUGAAGAUCCAGGAAAAAAUAGAGACGAAGAACAGAAACAAAAAGAGAAAUGUCAGAAAACCAAACGGCAGAAAAGCAAAACUUGUAGUUCAAAACAAAAAAGGCACAAGAAAGCUCAACCAGACCAAAAAUUAUAUUCUUGUAAAAUUUGCAAUAAAAGCUAUUCUCGAAAAUAUUCUUUGACUCGACACAUGAGAAUUCACACUGGCGAGAAACCUUUCUCAUGUCCAGCCUGUGGAAAAAGUUACAUAUACAAGAAAGGUCUAAUUUAUCACUUGAGAGUUCACACAGGAGAAAAACCGUUCUCAUGUUCAAUCUGUGGAAAUCAUUACCAUUCAAAGGACACUUUAAAGAAUCACAUGAGGUCUCACACGGAUGAGAACCCCUUUUCUUGUACAAGUUGUAGAAAAAAAUUCAGUUCAAAAAGCACUUUAACUCGUCACCUGAGAAGUCACACAGGUACCAAGCCUUUUUCGUGUACAAUUUGUGAAAAACAGUUUACUAUUAAAUACAGUUUAGCUAUUCACAUGAGGUCUCACACGGGUGAGAAGCCUUAUACAUGUGUGACCUGUGGAAAACAUUUUGGUUGCAAAAGUUAUUUAAAUCUUCACAUAAUGAUUCACACGGGCGAGAAGCCUUAUUCAUGUGUGAUUUGUGGAAAAAGUUUUUCUCAUAAAUCUAAUCUUUCUGCACACUUUCAGACUCACACAGGUGAGAAACCUUUUUCUUGUGUCACUUGUGCAAAAACUUUCCUGUUUGAAUCUAGAUUACUCCGUCACCUGAGAACUCACAGGUGAGAGGCCUUUUCUGGUGUGACCUGUGGAAAAAGUUUCAUUCGGAGAAGUAAUUUCCCUGUUCAUAUGAGAGAGCACAUGAUGGCAUAAUUUAAGCCUUGAGUAUACAUUUUCUCAGUAACUUACAGUUUGGAAGUGGAGUAUUUAGAGCUGGAUGACGUUUUGAAAAUGUAGCAACUUUGUUAAAAAAAGCUUCUCAAAUAAGAAAUCAUCUUGUUUUGGUAGUUUUACCUUUUCCAUUUAAAUGUUUCUUUUUGCGCAAGAUUGUCUCCAUGUUAAUUGUUUCUUAAUUGAAAAGUGAAUUUGAAUCCGUUGCAUGUUUGUUGUACUUAUAGUUUUACUUCAAUAAUUUUGGUUAGUGGAUACAUGUUAGCUGUUACUGAAUGUAAUGUAUGUGCUGGUAGGUUACAUAGGAAAUACUUUGGUCUAAAUUUGAAUCUGAAUGUCAUAUUUUUAAAUUUUCUGUUUGAGAUUCAGGAGAAAAAUAAAUAUUUCUGUUAAUUUGAUGGCAACGAUGCAGACAUGUCUUUUAUUGUAAACAUGCAUUAUCUUUGUCCAUGUAAAAAAUUACUCUACAUUGUAAAGUUUUUUUUCUUAA